CAUGCAAUCUAAAACCCUCUUUGCCCCUCCGAAGCUCUACUACUGCAGCCACCGCCUCCUGAAGCUUGCCCUCUGUCUUGAUGCACAGAAACUAGCCAGAGGGAUUCAAUAGGCUGUGGUUUUCACUAAUAAGAACUUCUAAAAUGGAACCAGAAGUCGAAGAAGGGAGAAGGGAACCGGAAGUCACUAGAGGUUUAGAAAAGAAAAUCGUGAAAAUUGUUCGCAAGAUACUGGAGAAGGAAAACUUGUACGAGUUGACGGAGAAAAAAGUCCGAGAAAAGGCAUCGAAGGAUCUUGGGAUGAACCUCUCCGAUGAGCCCCUCAAGUCUAUCGUUAGCCGCGCCGUCGAAGAUUUCCUUGAAAGGCUCAGAAAUCGAGCCCAAAAGUCAGUUGACUAAGCUUAAUUUGAGGAAAACAAAAGAUCUUCCGGUGGAUUUGAGAUGUAAUUUUAUCAGAAGCAUAGAUUUGCUUGACUUGGAUUGUCUCAAUACCAGGUGAAGAGCCUGUUAUGUUAGUAGUAAUCUGCUGCAAUUAUAUGCUGUGUUGAUACACUGAAAUUGACCUUGGAUUUAUUUUUGAUUAAAAUUACUCAAAAAGGCAACAGCUUUGUGAUGAGACACUGAAAUUGACCUUGGAUUUAUUUUUGAUGCGUUAGUUUUACA